GUUAAGUGGUACUGAAUUAAUUAAUAAGAAUAGUAUCUUUAGCCAAGAACAUUUUAAUUCUCUUAGCUAGAUUUCAUCUUCCCUUCUCACUUCUCCUUCUUUUAUUUCUGAUCACAGUCAUACAAACCCAGCUAUAGGGUUGAUAUAAAUGGAGGGUGGUGCGAGUGAUGAAGUAGCAGAGAGCAGCAAGAAGAUAGGGAGAGGGAAGAUAGAGAUAAAGAGGAUAGAGAACACCACGAAUCGCCAAGUCACUUUCUGCAAAAGACGCAAUGGUCUGCUCAAGAAAGCUUAUGAGCUCUCUGUCUUGUGUGACGCUGAGGUUGCUCUUGUCAUCUUCUCCACUCGCGGUCGUCUCUACGAGUACGCCAACAACAGUGUAAGAGGAACGAUCGAAAGGUACAAGAAAGCUUGCUCCGACGCUGUUAAUCCUCCUUCCGUCACUGAAGCUAAUACUCAAUACUAUCAGCAAGAGUCAUCUAAGCUACGGAGACAGAUCCGGGACAUUCAGAAUCUGAACAGACACAUUCUUGGUGAAUCUCUCGGUUCCUUGAACCUCAAGGAACUCAAGAACCUCGAAGGUAGGCUUGAAAAAGGCAUCGGUCGUGUCCGCUCCAAGAAGGUUAAUAACUUUCACUUCCUUCAAUCCCUUUAUAUGCUUCGACUUGAUCUGAUUCUUGACCCUUACGUUUUAUUCUUCGCCCAGCAUGAGAUGCUAGUUGCAGAGAUAGAGUACAUGCAAAAAAGGGAGAUCGAGCUUCAAAACGAUAACAUGUAUCUCCGAUCCAAGAUAAACGAAAGAGCGGGAAUGCAGCAGCAGGAAGCGAGUGUGAUACAUCAACAAGGGACGGUUUACGAGUCAUCUUCUCAUCAGUCGGAGCAGUACAACCGGAACUAUAUUCCGGUUAACCUUCUUGAACCAAAUCAGAACUCCUCCGACCAAAACCAACCACCUCUCCAACUUGUUUAAGUAAAGUCUAAUCAACAAAAUAAGCUCCUUAUGCAUUUGUCUAUUCAUGUUACAAUUAUGGUUAAACAACUUAAAAUAAAGACGGGUAACGAUUUGAGAGGGACCUAAGUUACAUAUGUACCUUGAUUAUUUAUAUGUAAUGUAUUGUGUACGUUCCAGCUAGUAACUUUAA